UAUAUUUUUCCUCUAAAAAAUAUGGGUCAAGCCAAAGCCUUGCGUUUGGUCUUUGGAGUUCUUGGAAAUGCUACUGGUUUGUUUUUUCUUCUCUCUCCAUCGGUUACUUUCAAGAGGAUCAUCAUAAACAAAUCAACUGAGCAAUUCUCAGGCAUUCCAUAUGUUAUGACAUUGCUCAAUUGUUUACUUGCUACUUGGUAUGGGUUGCCUUUCAUAUCACCAAAUAACUACUUGUUUUCAGCAAUAAAUGGGACAGGAGUAGUGAUUGAGUCAGUUUAUGUCCUAAUAUUUCUUGUAUAUGCACCUAAGAAGGAGAAAGGAAAAAUCAUGGCUCUUCUCUUUGUAAUUCUUGCUAUAUUUUCCACUGUUGCUUUGGUCUCUAUUUUUGCCCUCAAACAGGAAAAGAAAAGGCAGUUUUUUUGUGGUUUGGCUGCCACUAUUUUCUCCAUCAUAAUGUAUGCUUCUCCUCUCUCAAUCAUGAGAAUGGUAAUCAAAACCAAAAGUGUAGAGUAUAUGCCAUUUCUCUUGUCACUGUUUGUCUUCCUAUGUGGUACUUUAUGGUUCAUCUAUGGCCUCAUUGGUAACGACAAAUUUGUCUAUAUUUCUAAUGGACUUGGGUGUUUUUUGGGAGCAAUGCAAUUGAUUUUGUAUGGCAUCUACCACAAGAACAAAGAUGAAGUCGAGAAGCCCACAAUCGAUGGGAAUUUAGAAAUGGGCCUUGCAGAUUCUCACCAGCCCAAGCCGCCAGCCUUAACAUUUCAAUAA